AUGGCUCAAUAUUACCCCCAACAACAGCAGCCGGGCUACGGCCCUCAAGGCUCCGCACAGAACCUCCAGUUCUUCCCCUCGUCCUAUUCCUCGGUAUCCGGCCACACGACCCCCUCACAAGCCUCAUACGGCGCUGGCUUUGGUGGCGCUCCCAAUCCUUCUGCACAAGCCUACCCAGGGGGUGGAUAUGGAGGCUUCGGCUCUCCGGCUGCUGGCGUGAGUGGCAGGAUGGGCGAGCAGAGUGGUUUGCGGACAGGCUGGUUAGCCGCGUUUGGAUCUGAGGGAUAUGAUGGAGAACCGUCUUUACAAGAGGAGUUGGGAAUCAAUCUCGGUCACAUUAAAACCAAGACUCUGACCGUACUAAACCCAUUCGCUUCCAUCGACAACCAUUUAAUGGACGACAGUGAUCUAUACGGUGCCCUGCUCUACGUCUUUCUAUACGGUCUCUUCCUCCUCCUUUCCGGAAAGGUGUUCUACGGCUACAUCUACGGAGUCGCAGUCUUUGGAACUGUCUCCUUACAUCUUAUCCUGAGUCUCAUGUCACCCAUCCUAGACGGAGCUCCAACUCCCAACGCCGCCGACCCCACAAACUACAACCCGCACCACAAGCCCUCUAUCUCUGGCGUCUCCGCCGCUGGUCAUUUCUCUGCAACCCUGACCUUUCCCCGCUCGGCCAGUGUCUUGGGAUACUGUUUCCUUCCACUUGUGCUGACUGCUGCUAUUGGUAUUCUGCUCCCUAUGGAUACCAUGUUCGGGUACCUCUUGACCACCGCUGCGGUGGGCUGGUGCACCUACAGCUCGUCUGGAAUGUUCUGUGCUGUUGCACGCAUGAGUGGUAUGCGUGGCUUGGUGGCAUAUCCAUUGGCGUUGUUUUACGUUGUCUUUGGUAUUAUGGGUAUUUUCUCCUCACGCGGUACGGGUACUCUGGCUGCGAAAACGGGUGCUGCUUAG